AAUAAAGGUUGAGCACAUACAGUGCUUAUCUUCAAAUACACAUCUGUGAGUCUUGCAUCUGAUAAACAAGUCUAGACAGUGACUUAACUUGAGGCAUAAGACUAACUCAGCUAUUCAUCAAUUUCAGACCACCUGUCCUGAAUUUUUCUGUUUUAGGGCCUUGAUAAAGCAAACAUGUUUCCUCUCAUACAAAGAUGCUGCUUCCACACACCUUUCAAACUCCAGAAGUUAACUGCGCCGAGGCUACUGCUUUAUGGAAAGAAUAAGACAACUUGCUCUUCCCUUGGCCUCUGGCUGCAGAGAGAUGUGUGUCCUCUCUCAAGAUCUCCACACCUCAACGUAGCAUCGGUAUAUGCAGCCAAGCUUCAGGGUCUUCACACCUCUCUCCCAUCCUUCAAGAGGAAAACCCCCAAGGAAUCUGAGACCAAAGCCUCCGGUGUCUUGAAACGAAGCAUGGAAUCGCUAAAGGAUUCUCCCAAGCCAGCCCUGUACUUAAGCCUUGGAGGGCUGAUCCCUUUUGUUUCUAUACCGCUGUCAAUGGCCAUCCAAGGGACCUACUACCCAGAGCUGGCAUUUGCUCACAUAAUGUAUGGUGCUGUGACAGUCUCUUUUCUAGGAGGGAUGAGGUGGGGGUUUGCUCUCCCAGAAAACAGCCCGGCCAAGCCAGACUGGCUGAACCUGGGUAACAGUACCAUUCCUCCUCUACUUGCCUGUCAAGCCUUGCUCUUUAAAGAUGUCACUCCAGCUGCAGUAAUGCUAGUAAUGGCCUUGGGGAUAGCGCUGCAUUAUGACAUUUCCCUUCUUCCUACUUAUCCUAGAUGGUUUAAAGUACUGAGGGUAGUGGGAACACUGGUGAUGGUAUUCUCACUGUUAGCUACUGCAGCACUGAAGGCUGUUUCAGAGAUAGAGCAAAGUUACAGCAAGAAUGAAUGGCGGAGCACAAAGUAAUAGAUCAACAGGGAAAAAGCUGUUUAUCUGCCAGUAAGAGAUUUGUAUUGAGUUCCAGAAGAAGUAAAGACUUGUGCUUGGAAGUUGUAAGAUGGCAGGGAUCAUGAUGCUUAUUCAUGAAGCAAACAACUUAGCUAGUUUAGGAGGAAAGGAUUGUAAAUAGCAAUGUCUUCCAAGGCAGGCAUGAGUCUAUCCUUAUUUGUAGAACAAAGUAUCACUCUUGAGAUGCUACUGAAGUUAAAAUGGAGAUUCAAAUGACAUGGGUAUGAAUUGCUCUAUGCUGAAUCAUUAAAGUAUCUGGUGUAACUAUAAUGUGUGAUAAUAUUCUGUGGUGGGGAAAACAACUGUGUAGUCAUGCACAGUAAUGAGGUGAAAGUUCUAGUUUAGCGUUUAAAGCAGCAGCAGAGAAUUUUGUAAAAGUACACACAUGUUCAGUAAAUAUGUUGUGGAACAAAACUCGUUUCAACUGAGAAGGUGCUGAAUUUGCUAUGUGAUUAAGUGAUAGGCAAGAAAAGAUAGGCAAGGUCCAUUGGCAGGGGCAAGGUAAGGUAGAACUCACCUUGUCAUCCAGGUGCUCUGACAGGCUGGGGACAGCUAGAAUCAUGGAAUGGUUUGGAUUGGAAGGGUUCUUAAAGGUCACCUUGUUCCACCCGCCUGCCAUGGGCAGGAACACCUUCCACUUGAUCAAGUUGCUCAAAGCCUCGUUCAACCUGGCCCUGAACACUGCCAGGGAUGGGUCAGCCACAGCUUCUCUGGGUAACCUGUUUGUCUCAGAGCAAGCAGAAGUGGACUUGUAGCCUGCAAGCCCUCCAUGAUGAGCCAAUUACUG